UUUAAAUGCUCCUCUGCCUGGAGGCUGGAAAACGCCUUCCAAAGUUUGAUUUGCAGGUCAUUAAAAUGCAUGUAUGUAGUGAAGCAGUGUAUCCUCCAUUGUGUGCUACUCUUUUGUUAAGUAUAGUAAUUUGGAAGGCCAUUCAGCCUUUUCAGCUUUCAUAUGUGACUAAGAACAGCAGGAUGGAGUGGGAUUUGCCUCUACCCUUUCGUAUGGGUGCUUGAGAUUUUCUGGCUUUCAAGCGGACAGUUCUAAAAAUAAUCCAUUUGCUGGUCGAGUUCCAUAUUAAGUUCCGGCUCAAUUCACAAGGAACAAAAAGGCAGGAGACCUGCUGUUGUUACAGGGGUUUGGGGUAGGAUUGGGGUGAAAGACGCUCUCUUCUUCCCCACGUUGCUUGGAGGAAUGGGGGAGCCGAAUGCAGAGGUCAAGGUGGUGAACGAAGAAACCGAGGCCAAGCCACAGCAGGCACAUAAAAAUGGAAAGAAGGCAGAGGUUGGAGGAGGAACCUCGUUUUUCACCUGGUUCAUGGUUUUGGCUCUCUUGGGCGUCUGGACCUCUGUAGCUGUGGUGUAUUUUGACCUUGUUGACUAUCAAGGUGUAAUUGCCAAAGCGAAGGACUUGCGCUAUAAUCUUUCAGAGGUAUUACAAGGUAAACUCGUGUCCUAUGAUGCUGAUGGUGAUGGAGACUUUGAUGUGGAAGAUGCUAAAGUACUACUAGGGCUGAAAGAUAAAUCCACCAUUGAGACCAGUGAAUCAUUUGAGGGAACCCUUGCUGAACCUGUGGAAGAAGCUCCUGAAACUAUCGUGGAGGAAGAAAUCCAGGCCACUAAAGUUGAAGAAGCAGCUCAGCCACCACCGGAACCAGAGGCUGUGGAAGAGGAGCCUGUUCCUGUGGAAGAAGAACCUCUGGAAGUAGACGAAGAGCCCACUGCUGUAGAAGAUGAAGUAGCUGAGGAGGAACCAGAGGUUGAAGAGGAGCAAGAAGUUCCAGAGGAAGAACCAGAAGUUGUGGAGGAAGAGCCUGAGCUUACAGAGACUGUUCCAGUUGAGGAAGAGGCUUUUGAGGAGGCAGUGGAAGAGCCUGCAAAAGAGGAAGAGGUCAUACCAGUUGAAGAACCGAUUGAGGAAGCUGCUCAAGCGGAAGAAGCAGUAGGGGAGGCUGCACCAGUAGAAGAAGCGGUUGAGGACGUGUUGGAGGAAGAGGCUGCAUCCGUAGAAGAAGUAAUAGUAGAAGAUACACCACUGGAAGAGGCAGUAGAAGAAGAGGUUGCACAGGUGGAAGAAGCAGUGGAGGUAGUGUUGGAGGAAGAGGCAGCAUCAGUGGAAGAGACCAUAGAAGAAGUAGUAGAAGAGGAUGCACCAGUGGAAGAAACAGUAGAUGAAGCUGCACCAGUAGAAGCAGCUGUGGAGGAGGUUGUACCAGUAGAAGAAGCAGUUGAGGAGCAUGAACCAGUAGAAGAAGUAGAGGAGCUUGUACCAGUAGAAGAAGUAGUAGAGGAGCUUGUACCAGUAGAAGAAGAAGUAGAGGAACCUGAACAAGUGGAGGAACCUGAAGCAACAGAACCAGUGGAAGAUGUAGAAACACCCGAAGAGACAGUUGAGGAAUCAGUCUCUGUAGAAGAAGCUGGGACAGAAGAGGAAGUUAUAGAGGAAACAGAUGAGCCAUUUCGGGAAGAUGAGGAAGAACAAGACUCCACAUCGGAGGAAACCGAGCUUGAGGCAGAGAAUAUGGAAGAAGAGGAGGAGGAUGCAGCUGCUGAGGAAGAGCAGCCUGAGGAGGACGUAGCAGAGGAAAUUAACCAAACAGAAGAACAAAUUGAAGUAGAGCCCACAGAAACAUAAAACAUUAGGCAGUAUGUAAGAUACGGAGAGGACCAGCACCACAUGGCAUUCCACUGGAAGUGUGCAGCUGCCAAUUCCCACCAUGGAGU